CCACUUGAUUGCUAUCUAUGAUCUAUCCCACCGCAAUUAUCUGAAGAAUAGAUAAUAGACGUCUUCAACUUAGUGAUCUACCUAGUUUCUCUACAACUUUCGGUCACAACUACGGAAGAUAAUUAGGCAUCAUGGACAGUUUUAUGCUUCGAGAUGAAGCAGCCAAGGAGCGCAUUCGCUUGGCUGAGGAGUUCCUCGAUCCUCAUGAUCCACGUGCGAGGAGUUACCGAUCCGAUAUCAUCCUAAUGCUCCAGAAGAAUCAAAAGCGUUUAGUAGUCAACCUAGACCACGUUCGCGAUCACAAUACCGAACUCGCAGACGGUCUACUAUUCGACCCAUUCGAUUUUACCCUAGCAUUCAACCAUGCGCUCAAGGAAAUUGUAAAGACCAUUCCACAAGCUCGACCAGACCAGACUGAUCAAGAUGUCCUGUACUACUGUGCUUGGGCUGGCAGUUUCGGUCUCAACGCUUGCAAUCCUAGAACCCUAUCAUCCAAUAACCUAAAUCAUAUGGUUUCGAUCGAAGGUAUUGUCACAAGAUGUUCGCUGAUUAGACCGAAAGUCGUCAAGAGUGUUCAUUACAACGAGAAGAAGAAUAUUUUCCACUUCCGCGAAUAUCGCGACCAGACUAUGACGAACGGUGUAACUACCUCAAGUGUCUAUCCCCAAGAAGACGAAGAGGGGAACCCACUCCUAACAGAGUAUGGAUUCUGUACAUACAGAGAUCACCAGACUAUCUCUAUACAAGAAAUGCCCGAGAGAGCCCCUGCCGGUCAACUACCUCGUGGCGUGGACGUCAUUCUAGACGACGACCUCGUCGACAAAGUAAAACCAGGCGACAGAGUACAGCUCGUAGGCAUAUUCCGAACACUUGGAAACCGAAAUACAAAUCACAACAGCGCAUUGUUCAAGACGAUAAUCCUAGCGAACAACAUCGUACUUCUCUCAUCUAAGGCUAGCGGAGGUGUAGCAACCGCCACCAUCACCGACACCGAUAUUCGUAAUAUUAACAAAGUUUCAAAGAAGAAAAAUCUCUUCGAACUUUUAUCGCAGUCAUUGGCACCGAGUAUUUUUGGUCACGAUUAUAUCAAGAAGGCUAUCUUGCUCAUGUUGUUGGGUGGUAUGGAGAAGAAUCUCGAGAAUGGUACACAUCUAAGAGGAGACAUCAAUAUUCUCAUGGUUGGUGAUCCUUCGACGGCUAAAUCUCAACUUUUACGCUUCGUGCUCAAUACCGCCCCGUUGGCCAUUGCCACCACUGGUCGUGGUUCUUCAGGCGUCGGUCUCACAGCUGCCGUCACGACCGAUAAGGAGACGGGUGAGAGAAGACUAGAAGCCGGUGCUAUGGUUAUGGCAGACAGAGGAGUCGUCUGUAUCGAUGAGUUCGACAAAAUGUCGGAUAUUGACCGUGUCGCUAUCCACGAAGUUAUGGAACAGCAAACAGUCACUAUCGCUAAGGCAGGAAUCCAUACGUCACUCAAUGCUCGCUGUAGUGUUAUCGCAGCUGCCAACCCCAUCUUUGGUCAAUACGACACACACAAGGAUCCUCACAAGAACAUUGCUCUUCCAGAUUCUCUACUAUCUCGUUUUGAUCUGCUGUUUGUCGUCACGGACGAUAUCGAAGAUACCCGAGAUCGCCAGGUCUCCGAACACGUCCUGCGCAUGCACCGUUACCGACAGCCCGGCACCGACGAAGGCGCUCCGGUUCGCGAGAACGGACAACAAGCCCUCGGUGUCGCAUUACAAAGCCAGGAUGCCACCCAGACGGUCACCGAAGUCUACGAGAAAUACGAUGCUAUGCUGCAUGCCGGUGUCACUGUAACAUCUGGUCGCGGCGCCAACAAGCGGAAGGAGGUUCUAAGUAUCCCGUUCAUGAAGAAGUACAUCCAGUACGCGAAGAACAGGGUCCGGCCGGUAUUAACCCAGGACGCGUCGGAGCGCAUCGCGGAGAUAUACGUCGGCCUACGAAACGAUGAGAUGGAAGGAAACCAGAGGAGAACAUCUCCCUUGACGGUCCGUACCCUAGAAACGCUCAUCCGUUUGGCAACCGCACACGCCAAGUCUAGGCUCUCCAAUCGGGUAGACGACCGGGAUGCGCUAGCAGCUGAGGCAAUCCUCCGUUUUGCCCUGUUCAAGGAGGUCGUCGCGGACGAGUCGAAGCGGAAGCGAAGACGGACCCAACGAGUCGAGUCGGACGGUGAGGAUGAUGACAGCGACGACGACGACGAUGGCGAUGGGGGUGAUACCAGCUACAGAGGAUCGACGGCUCGUGGUAGGGUCGCCCCUUCAUCCAGGACGACUUCCCGCACGCAGCCAUCAACCAACGGCAACCGUCGCGCGAACGGCCGCACCCCGGCCCGCUCCCCCGAAGUAAACGACGAUGCAGAGGAGAACGAUGACAUAUACAACGCUACACCGCAACGCCCCAACCGAAGCGGAGCUGCGUCCUCAUCAAACGCACCCGCAACAUCGCAGUUCUCCUUCGCCUCCUCGGUGCCCGCCUCGCAGCUCGAGACACAAGAGACAGAAACGCAAGACGCAGCCCUCGCGUCUAGCGCCGCGGACCUAAAUAUCGACACCCCGAUCACUCCGGAGAGAUUAGCCAUGUUCCGCUCGGCGCUGGGCCAGCUCCUCAACGCAGACCUAUUCGACGACGACGCGGCGGACGUGGAAGAGGUCAUUGCCGCGGUGAACCGCCGCGUGGAGGGUCGCGGGGACGUGUUUUCUCGAGAAGAGGCGAUUAAGGCGCUUAAGAAGAUGGACGAUGCGAAUCAGAUCAUGUACACGGAUGGAAACUUGGUGUAUAAGAUCUAGAUGUAGGUGAUGCUAUGUGAAGGUAGUGGGUUACGAUGAUAUGGUAGACGAUCCAUGAUCCAUGAAGAGGGUAGGGGCGUUCCCGAGGGGUUGCGAAUUUGUAUGUGUGCUUAUCUGACUGAUCAG